AACAGCUUCAAUAUUCACUAAAACAAAUAUAUAUUGUUGAUUAGUGAAGAACUCUUGAAUGGCUAAGGCGCCAAAUAGCCGGAGAUGGUCUCUCCCAGUGCCAAGUGUACAGGAGCUCGCAAGCCAACACCUCCACACAGUCCCACCUAGGUAUGUCAGAGAUGACUUCUCCGACAUCAUCACCGUUCCUUCUGGUGAUCACCAGCUUCGUCUGCCGUUAAUUGAUAUGACCAAGAUGGUCAACCCAGAGACCCAAGCUGUGGAGCUUCACAAGCUUCACUCUGCAUGCAAAGAAUGGGGUAUAUUUCAGUUAAUAAAUCAUGGAGUUUCAGAUGAAUCACUGAGGAACAUGAGGAAGCAAUUUGAAGAAUUCUUUGAACUUCCCUUACAAGAGAAGAAGCACUUGGCACAGAGGCCUGGAAGUAAUGAAGGCUAUGGCCAUUUGUUUGUAAUGUCAGAAGAGCAAAAGCUUGAGUGGCAAGACAUGCUCUUCAUCAAAGUUCUUCCCUUUCAAAGCAAAAUCUUGGAAUCUUGGCCUGGAAAUCCUUACAAAUUUAGGGAAAUAUUGGUGAAUUAUGUUGAAGAGAUGAGAAAGGUGACAGUAUCAAUAAUGAAGUUCAUAGCAAUGGCGCUUCAGAUAAAGGAUGAAGAUUUUUAUGAGUCUUAUAAUAAAGAAGGGAAAUGUGAUAUGAGGGUGAAUUUUUAUCCAGCUUGUCCUGAACCUGAGAAAGUUAUAGGGAUACACCCACACGUUGAUGUCCAUGGGAUCACUCUCUUGCAAGAAUGUAGUGAUACUUCAGGGUUACAGGUUCUCAAGGAUGGCCACUGGGUCUUUGUUGAACCCAUUGAUGGUGCUCUUACUGUGGACAUUGGCCUUAUUUUGGAGAUGAUGAGCAAUGGGAUAUACAAAGCACCAUUUCACAGAGCAGUAGUAAAUAAAUCAAAGGAGAGGCUUGCAAUAGUUACUAUCUGCUGUCCAAGCUCAUCUUGCAGAAUUGGUCCAGCAAAACAACUGCUUCAGUCUGGAAGCCCACCACUGUACAAGAGUUUGACAUUGGAGGAAUAUUUUGAAUGCUUUUACAACUCACCUCCUGGAUCUGAUAUUCCCUUCAUUGACAAACUCAAAAUCUGA